CUCCAGGUCUCGGUCGCUGCUCCGGAAGCGACAUGGUGGCUCAGUCCGCUGCCCCGACUCGGCUGUGAUCCUGGGGGACCCCGCAAGCUUUGUUCAUGGUUGGCGUGGCCAGGAAACACAUCCGAGCCAAUAAGGGAAGCAGCUGGCAUUUCAGUAGGACCAUGGAAGAGCUUGUCCAUGAUCUUGUGUCAGCGCUGGAAGAAAGCUCUGAGCAGGCCAGAGGAUGCUUUGCAGACACCGGGGAUCACUCCCGCAGCAUUUCAUGUCUCCUGAAACGGCAAGCGCGCAAGCGAAGAGGAAGGAAAAGGCGCUCCGACAAUACCCAUCACCCCUGGGAGCCCGGGCACUGCCUUAGCGAUGGCUCCGACUCCAGUUUAGAAGAACAGAGCAAGGACUAUCGGGAGUGCGCAAGCAACAACAAAAAAGACAGCGACUCCGACGAUCAGCUCUUACUUGCCAAAAGAAGACCAUCUUCCAACAUCAAUACUAUACGUAAUAAAAGGCCUUUGUGGCAUGAGUCUGACUUAGUUGCUGACAGCAGAACCUUACGAAGAAGGCGGAAAGUGAAACGGAUGGCCAUAGACCCUCCGGCAGACAUCACUAGUGCGCUGGCUCUGUCUCAAGGUCGUGAUCAGCCAAUAGACACUGACUGCAAACAUUAUCAGCACCUGGAAGUAAUGAAGAGCAAAGUGAAAAAAAGGAAGAUGGCUCCACCAAGACAUGGGCACGAAGUUCCCGAUGAGGGUGUUGUGGUAGAAGGAGACGACAUGGGACUUGGAAACAAAGACAAGAUGGAAUAUGAAGAACAGAAGGGGUCAGACGAGAACAUGAGCGACAGCGAAUCCAGCAGUAUUAGCAGCAGCGACGCCGGCUUGUUUACGAACGACGAGGGACGCCAAGGUGAUGAUGAACAGAGUGAUUGGUUCUAUGAAGGCGAGUCGGGAGGAGCCUGCGGCAUCACUGGCGUUAUACCAUGGUGGGAGCAGGGGGACUCCACAGAGCUAAACAGGGAGCUCCCUGACCCAGUAUUCGAGAGUAUCCUGACCGGCUCCUUCCCUCUCAUGUCAGCAUCUGCACAGAGAGGUUUCCAGGCCAGACUAAGUCACCUACAUGCAAUGCAAGCGAGAAACCUUCGGAAGUCCUCAAUAAACCCAAGCCCUCUGAUCAGCAGCCCCGGCGCAAGCAGUAACGAUCGCCUUGUACAUUUCUCCCAGGAUCCCGACCAUUGGUUUUCUCCCGGAGCAAGAAAAGAUCAUAGUCAGCUCUUACGAGAUACCCGGUCAGAUCGAGGACAUAAGAAAAAUUGCUCGGGAAAAACUGCUAGCAGACAAACGAGUGUCCAUUUAGGAUCCUUGUUUAUGGGGGACAUCAAACGGAGAAGGAAAGCCGCUCCGAUCCCUGGACCCACGGCAUCUGGUUUUAUAGGUGAAAACAAUCAACCUAUCCCAGAGAGUAACAUUGGAAACCGCAUGCUUCAGAGUAUGGGCUGGACCCCUGGCACGGGACUGGGACCGGAUGGGAAGGGGAUUUCAGAGCCUAUCCGAGCCAUGCAAAGACCAAAGGGACUUGGACUUGGGUUCAGCUGAUGUAAUCGCACGGCAUGUUACAUCUCCAGACGUCUUAGGAAUAUCGAUGUGUGUGUUUAUAAUGUCAUUUGUAAAAUACUCUUUAUAAGAAAAUACAAAGUUUCUUUCUCCAACUGAAAAAAAAAAAAAAAAAUCCAGGAGAGCUGCAAUGUUAUCACCAGCUAGCACUGUGAAAGUAGUGACCAACCUGAGCUGUACACCACAACCAAUGACAUUUCAUGAAAUUCUGUUAAUAAUGCUGGGCUAAGGAAUGACACAUUCUCAGAGAUUAAAGAUGGUAGGUUUUAGAGUGCACCUGUCAUCUACAGAUAGUGAAGUGGUAAUGAAUUUUUUACACAAACCUGUUCUUUUAAGGCCUAUUUUUUGUCUUUGAAACCAAUAAAACAGUGAACAUUCCAGCCAUGUUA